GGCAGUGGAUGCGCGCGGCGGCCCAGGGUGUGGUGUUCCUGGUCUUCCACGUUGGCUCGGCCUGGGCCAGACAGCUGGGGGCGGCCGUCUGUGCGAAGCGAGGCCCGCCCCCGCCGUCAUCUGUGGGGGCGCGGGUGCCCGCCCCGCCAGCGCGGGGCUGGCCUGCGGCCGCGGUGCCACCCACCCCCGCGCUGGCCCAGAAGCAGCGCGUGGAGCUGGAGGCGGCCAAGGUCGACUUCCACAGGGGCGACGCAGUCUCGUUCGCAGUCUCUGCCGUGUCAGGUCGUGGACCGGCCGCUGGGGUGCACUACGGCGCUGGCGGACUAGGCGUGAGGCUCGUCGGCUCCCUCGUCGAGUGCGGUGAGUUCGCGGCCGUGUCGCCCGACUUUGACGUCUACGAGGGGCAGCUGAGCCUCAACAGCGGCAGCUUGGAGGGGAUCCGUUUCUCGUGUUCGGUCGACGUGUGGCCGCGAGGGGCCCCCGCUCCUGGCAGUGUGCUCUACACCCUCGCGGCGCUCAUGUCCGCCCAGGUCAACGAGCGGGCAGCAGAGGCGGACCAGGUGAGUAACCUGGGACGGGCUCACCGCGGGCUCCCGCUGGUGGGCGAGGCGGCCCGAGUACCAGGAGCCGCCGUCGUGGAGGGGACGCCCGUGCCCGCCAUGGGCCCUGCGCCUGGGGCCCCCCGUCUCGCCCCGACAGGCGGGGCGCGGAUCGUCGCGGAGCCGUUCGGGGGCCACGACGCCGGCGAGGAGUCCACGCUGCCUGCGAGGGCUGCGGGGCUGGGGACCCGCGGCCUCGUGGUGAUCGACGGGGGCGCCGCCGUGCUCGAGCAGCUGAGUGUGAGGGCUGACCUCAUUCGCUGGGGCCUGGCGCAGAGCAGGUCUCUCUGCGGUGGCCCGAGGAUCCUGGCGCGGUCCCCGACGGAGCGGGCCCUGGCCGACGGGCCCGCCAUCGGAGUCGAGAUGGUCGACUCGGUGGUCAGGGACGGCGUGGCCAGUCUGAUCGACCGCGCCAGGAGGUGGCGGCGUGGGAGCGGCGCCGAGACCCACAGCUUGACCGCCCACGAGGACGCGGUCCUCCGCGUGGAGGUGCUGCUCUCGGCGGCGGUGGACGGGUUCAACGUGAAGAACCUUAUCGAUGACGAGCUCCUCCUGAGACGGAUCCCCGAGCAUGGGGAGUCCGCGGCAGAGAAUCCCGAGGCGCGGGGCUACGAGGGGUCGGACUACUACCUAGGGAUCAACGAGUGUUCGGGAGGGGUCCCGACGGUGCCUUCGCUCUGGGCUCGCGCCGCAACCGAGCUCAGCGAAGAGGCAGAGAUUCUGAAGGGGAAGCGGAAGGCAUCGGAGGCCAGGGGGGCAGGC